GCCUUCUAGGAAGGGGCUGAAAUCAAACAGUUGGCGUAUUGCGUAGAGUGAGGUAGAGCCGGAGGUGGAGAUAGAGAAUUGAUGAAUGGAGUCAUCAAGUGGUCUGAAAACCCUAAACGUUAUAGCCACCACCACUCCCCUUCAUUUCCGCACCGGAUUUUCCCUCUUCCGCCAACGUCACUUUCCCCAACUCAUCAACAAAUUCAACUUCUCUCUCUACUCCCCUUCUUCACCCUUCUCUCCUCUCUGCUCUCUCUCUGGAAGAGGCAAUGGCGUUUGUCUGCCUAAUGGUGUCGGUGAGGCACUCGGCGAAGCCUCACCCAACAAGCUUCUUCAAGUGGUAUUAGUUUCUCCUCAGAUUCCUGGUAACACCGGAUGCAUUGCCAGAACUUGUGCAGCAUCAGCUGUUGGACUACACCUAGUUGGGGUAGAUAUACCUGCUGUCGCCUGCACUUUACUUCCAUUAGGGUUUCAAGUGGAUGAUGCAAAACUAAAGCGUGCUGGAUUGGAUUAUUGGCCAUAUGUAGUUGUCAAAGUGCAUGAUUCAUGGGCAGAGUUUCGGAAUUAUUUCGUUAAACAGGAUGGGGAAAAACGGCUGUUGGCAUUUACUAAGAGAGGAACAACUAUUCAUUCAGACUUUUCCUACAGAAGAGGUGAUUGGCUCGUUUUUGGCUCAGAAACUAGCGGGUUACCACCAGAGGUUGUGCUUGACUGCAAGGGUGAAGAAGCAUUUGGAUUUGGUGGUGGUACCAUUCAAAUUCCAAUGGUUGAAACUUAUGUGAGGUGUCUCAAUCUAUCCGUGAGUGUUGGCAUUGCUUUAUAUGAGGCUUCUAGACAGUUAAACUAUGAGCAGCUGCUAAAAUCGUCUCCUUCACAAACUUGUAUGGAUGCUGCUGCUGCUGAUAACUCAUUUAUUGCUGAAGAUAUUUUUGCUUAAAUUCCAUUCUCUAGUUUCAUUGCCAAAUUUGGGAAAGCAGAGACAUGGUUGUAAAGGUUCAUCAAACUGGGUGCUCCAAGCAGAACCAUAUUUUCAUAUAAAUUUAAUUUCCACUUUCAUUGCCUUGAA